AUGUUAUGCAGAGGGAAUCUGGAAAACUUAGAUGAAAACUGUAGAAAAUUGGCUAAAAAGCGGAAGGAGACAUUGAGCAGCACACGGCAGGAAAUGACAGUGAUGGUGAAUUCAAUGGAUAAAAGCUACACUGAGCAAGGCACCAACUGUGACGAAGCUUUCUCUUUCAUGGACACGCACAAUCUAAAUGGGAGAUCUGUAUCCUCACCGUCUUCCUUUACAAUGAAAACUAACACACUGAGCACAACAGUGCCUAAUUCUUAUUACCCAGAUCCAUUUGUGCCAACUGCAAUUUUAGUGCCAAUCAAUGAUGAAACCCACACGAUGGUCAGUGACACAAGCAGCCUGGUCCAGUCCCAUACUUACAAAAAACGGGAUCCAGUGGAUGUACCCUACCAGACUGGACAGCUUCAUCCAGCCAUCCGGGUAGCUGACUUACUGCAGCACAUCACCCAGAUGAAGUGUGCAGAAGGCUACGGAUUCAAAGAGGAAUAUGAAAGUUUCUUUGAAGGACAAUCUGCACCGUGGGAUUCAGCUAAGAAAGAUGAGAAUAGAAUGAAAAAUAGAUAUGGGAAUAUCAUUGCAUACGAUCAUUCUCGAGUGAGACUGCAGCCCAUUGAAGGAGAGACAAACUCGGAUUACAUCAAUGGAAAUUAUAUUGAUGGUUAUCAUAGACCGAAUCACUAUAUUGCUACGCAAGGACCAAUGCAGGAGACAAUAUAUGACUUCUGGAGGAUGGUAUGGCAUGAAAACACAGCCAGCAUCAUCAUGGUUACUAAUCUUGUGGAAGUGGGAAGGGUCAAAUGCUGCAAAUACUGGCCAGAUGACACAGAGAUAUAUAAAGACAUUAAAGUUACCCUAAUAGAAACAGAACUCCUGGCUGAAUACGUGAUUCGAACAUUUGCAGUAGAAAAGAGAGGAGCUCAUGAGAUCCGAGAAAUUCGGCAGUUUCACUUCACUGGCUGGCCAGACCACGGUGUGCCGUACCAUGCAACCGGCCUACUGGGAUUUGUGCGGCAGGUCAAAUCCAAGAGCCCCCCAAACGCUGGCCCUCUGGUUGUCCAUUGCAGCGCUGGUGCUGGCAGAACUGGAUGCUUCAUUGUUAUUGACAUCAUGCUUGACAUGGCAGAAAGAGAAGGCGUCGUGGACAUAUACAACUGUGUGAGGGAGCUUCGAUCUCGGAGAGUUAACAUGGUGCAGACUGAGGAACAGUAUGUAUUCAUCCAUGAUGCCAUCCUGGAAGCCUGUCUUUGUGGGGACACAUCUGUUCCAGCUUCUCAAGUUAGGUCUGUUUACUAUGAAAUGAACAAAUUGGAUCCUCAGACCAACUCCAGCCAGAUCAAAGAGGAAUUUAGGACUUUAAAUAUGGUGACUCCGACGCUGCGUGUGGAAGACUGCAGCAUAGCACUUUUACCACGAAAUCAUGAAAAGAAUCGCUGUAUGGAUGUUCUGCCUCCAGACAGAUGCCUGCCCUUCCUCAUAACGAUAGAUGGGGAGAGCAGUAACUACAUUAAUGCUGCGCUGAUGGAUAGCUACAAGCAGCCUUCAGCUUUUAUAGUUACACAGCAUCCCUUACCAAAUACUGUCAAAGAUUUCUGGAGAUUGGUCCUAGAUUAUCACUGCACUUCAAUAGUUAUGCUGAAUGACGUGGAUCCAGCACAAUUAUGUCCUCAGUACUGGCCAGAAAAUGGAGUACACCGACAUGGUCCUAUUCAGGUGGAGUUUGUAUCAGCUGAUUUAGAAGAAGACAUAAUCAGCCGGAUAUUCCGAAUUUAUAAUGCAGCCAGACCCCAGGACGGCUACCGGAUGGUGCAGCAGUUCCAGUUCCUGGGCUGGCCCAUGUACAGGGACACGCCGGUCUCCAAGCGCUCGUUCCUGAAGCUCAUCCGCCAGGUGGAGAAGUGGCAGGAAGAGUAUAACGGGGGAGAGGGGCGCACGGUCGUGCACUGCCUGAAUGGAGGUGGCCGCAGCGGAACAUUUUGUGCAAUCAGUAUUGUUUGUGAAAUGCUUCAGCAUCAGAGGGCUGUUGAUGUAUUCCAUGCUGUGAAGACACUGAGGAAUAAUAAGCCUAACAUGGUGGACCUUCUGGAUCAAUACAAAUUCUGCUAUGAAGUGGCUUUGGAAUACUUGAAUUCUGGCUGACGGCAUGAACAGCGCAGACCAAACUCCUCCUGUCACCUCCACAAACAAAGCAAGUUGUUCCAUGAUAUCUGUGUAAAUGAGAUGAAGACUUCUCACUGUAAUGCUUAUACUGCUUUGUAUAAUUGGCUCUUUUUAAGAGCCCGAAAAAAAGGAUGUUUAUAAAACUGCUUGCACUGCCCAUUUUCCACUCUCCUGCGGCUGCUUGGCACCCAUACGAACCUACACCAAGGCACAUGGCAGUUGUUGAACACUGUCUUCAUACAUGGCCAUCGAUGUGGUGAAGCAGCAUAGUCCUCUGGUAAAUAAGAGAGCACAAUUAUAUUCUUAUGAAGGAAUUUGUACUUUUCUGUUAUAUUUCGUUGCCUGUGAUUCUCAGUUAUUGUCACAGCCUAGUGUACAUUUCUGUUCUGUGGAGAAUGCUGUCUGGCAUUUUGAUAAUAUAUGAUUUUAGUUAUAUUUGUAUUUUAACACAUGCAUAAAAAUGAAUUAUAUGUAGCUUAUCUGAACUAAUGAAAACACACAUACCAAAUCAUGUUAACUUUGUUGAGUUGUAAUUUCUAUCCACUUUGUACCAUUUCAGAGAGAUCUUGAUAGAAAUGCAAUUAGAAAAUGCAAAAUACAGGAUGCUCAGAUUAAUAUAUCCAAAGCUUUUCCAUUUGUUUAUAUUGUAAAUAUUUUUUGAUUUCAUCAAAUUAUUUAUUCAUUAAAAUGAAUUUUUUUGUGAAGCACAGUGAGUGACAAUCAUUUUUAUUAAGCCCUGGAAAUGCUUACUGUAUGAUAAUGUAAACAUUUGUUUACCUUGUAUGGAUUCUCAGCUCAAUAAAUAAUUACAUACAUGAUAAAA